CAAAACAAUAUCCUACUUCCUGUAUAGUAGCGUUAGCGUUGAACUUCUAAGCUAUGCUUCUAAGUCAUUUAUGCAUUUAAUUAUAUAAAAAGCGCUGCUGACAUAUGGACAGCGCCGUUGUUGUCGGUGGUGUGUUUUUACAUUUUCAGACCUAGCUGUAUAUUAUGUCCGAAAGAAAAAGAAAGAAGGUAGUAUGUACAGAAGCAGCAGUCGCACCUGAACACAUUUUAGCCGAACAUAAACACCAGACGGAUUUGACGCCAGAGAAGCAGACUAAGCAUGAAAGUGCUGCGGUAGGACGAAGCCAUUAUUUUACCACCAACAAUGAUCUGCAGUCAAGACUGGGGGAGGAUUUUUUUCACCAGCCGUGCAUCAGUUUGGCUAAAGAGUUCCUCGGCAAGGUGUUGGUGCGAAUGUGUGCAGAUGGCUCUGAGCUGCGAGCAAGGAUAGUGGAGACUGAGGCGUACCUUGGAGGAGAGGACAAAGCCUCCCACUCUGCGGGAGGCAAACGCACUGAGAGGAACACCGCUAUGUUCAUGAAGCCCGGCACCAUCUAUGUGUAUCCAAUCUAUGGCAUCUACCUCUGUAUGAACGUGUCCAGUGAAGGAGAGGGUGCCGCCGUGUUGCUGCGCUCCCUCGAGCCCCUGCAGGGUCACCCAGUCAUGAGGCAACUGAGGGCAGCCAGACGCAAAGAGGGAGCCCGACAACUGAAGGACAAAGAGCUCUGCAAUGGUCCGUCUAAGCUGUGCCAGGCUCUCAAUAUACCCCACUGCUUUGACCGUCGAGACCUAGCCACAGACCCAGAGGUGUGGCUGGAGAGGGACCCAAACAGCGAUCCAAAAGCAAACCAUGAUAUAGUAUCAGCACCACGUGUUGUCGAGUCCCAUGGGGAGUGGGCCAAGAAGCCUUGGCGCUUUUAUCUUCGCGGCCAUCCCUGUGUAAGCGUGGCGAACAAAGAGGCAGAAAGACAGUCUCUGUCUGGUAAAGUGAUGAGCAAUUUGGGGCCCUCCGAUGUGCAGUCUGACACAGGACAGCACAAUGUCAAAAGGACUUAACAGGAAUAGUCAUCAGACCAUUCAGCCAUCUGUUCCCUUUUACUAAGCCAGUAUGAAAAAAAUGUAUGUUGUCUAUCCAACAUGUGAAAUGAAUAAGUUUCAAAAUGCUUCCAUAAUAUUUAUUGGCAAUGACUCAAAGUUUAAUGAAAAGUUAUGGAUCAGAACUUUAAUAAGGUAGAUUGAAACUUAAUUUAUAAGGUUUAAUUAAAAAAAGUUCUGAAAU